CAGCUUAGGUUCCGGAAGUGCAUGUAGAGGAGUAUUCGGUGGUUUCGUACACUGGAAAGCCGGAAUAGAGCCGGAUGGAUCGGACUGUCGUUGCGAAGUGCUGGCUCCUCCGGAACACUGGCGCCAGUUAAUGGCCGUUGUAGUAGUAGCCAGCAGUGUUACGAAGCCAUGCAGCAGCACCGAUGGUAUGCAGAGGUCAGCGGAGACAAGUUCGUUCUUGCAUUACCGCGUCAAACAGCUCGUUCCUGAUUACAUCCGACAAAUGAAAACGGCGAUACAAUGUCGCAACUUCGCCAAGUUCGCUGAACUGACCAUGCGGGACAGUAAUCAGUUGCACGCCGUUUGUAUGGACACCUACCCCCCUCUGAUGUACCUAUCUGACACGUCACGACACCUUAUGCUAUUGGUGCACUGCUUCAACCAAAUGCACAACGAGACGAAAGUGGCGUACACGUUUGACGCCGGCUCAAAUUGCUGCCUGAUCAUGAACGAGGACAUUGUGUCCGAAUUUCUCUCCUACCUUUGUUACUACUUCCCUAAUCACCUGGAAAAGAAGUUCAUCCGCGGUAUCCUACCAAUGGUCGAUUGCACAAUGCUGAGCCACUGCCAAAUACCUGGCUUUACGUCGUUGCCAAAUUCGGUCGAAUACGUCGUCGUUACCAGACUUGGCUCAUCCCCCGUAGUUCUAUUUUAG